CCUCCUACAGUCCACCUCUCAAAAGAUAUCAACCAGCUGUGUGAAGAAUGGGAGGAAUCGAACUUACUUGUUGUCAACGGUCGUGGAAUCCCUGUCAAGUAUUGGGGUGAGUUCUACAAGAAAGGAAAGGGUUCACACAUGCUAUCUGACCGUUCAUUUGUCUUCAAGUUCAUUGCUGAAGAACGGCAGCGAUACCCAGACAACACCUCGUUCUGGCGUGCAUUCAGUGAUGAGAAUAGUAAGAUUUUUUCUUACCAACAGAUCCUGAACCAUCUUGCAGAGCACCGAGUCUCUGCUGCUGCCCGAGAUGCUAAAGAUGCACGCGAUUUUUUUGGUGGCAACCUCAACCACCCACUGGCCCGCGGUGCCUUUUGCUACACAAAAGGUGGCAGGGCUUACUUGUCGAGCAAGGACGACGCCAUUGCAAAAAAGUGGCGCGAGCUU